AUGUUCAAUACGCGUGGAAUAUUGUUGCUGGCAAUUCUUCCAAAUGUGGAAGUUAUGUGCUAUUCAAUGCAAUUUGGCUCAAUGCACCCCCUAUCCGUUCCCAUAUAUGAAAUUGAAGUAUUAUUCAAACAAUCUGGUGGAUACGCAGAUGUGGACUUCAAACAAAAAGCCAAAAUGUGUUUCCACAUCAACCUGAUUUUGAUCAUCGAUGAGAGUGAAAUGGAAUGGAAAGGACGAGCAUUCAUUCUCGGUGGCGGCAUUGGUUACAACUUUACCACCCUAAGACUGACAUAUAACCAGCCAGAGGCAGCCAGAGCCACAGUGCUCAUCUACGGGAUUCCCAGGUAG